AGUCAAAAAUGCCAGUUGAAAACUUGGAAGAGCAAGGAUUGGAAAAGAAUCCCAACUUGGAAUUGGCACAAUACAAAUUCCUCUUAACACUUUCGGAACACAAACAAGAUGCGGCCCUGAAAAACAAAUUGUUGGAAGCCGUAAAAGCCGAUAACAUGGCACCAUACUAUGAGUACCUCUGCACAGAACUGGGUUGGACAGUCGACAAGGGUUUGUUGGACAAAAUGAAGGAGCAAAAUACCAAGGAUUUGGAGAAGCUCGAUGAAGCCAUUGAGGACGCUGAAAAAAAUCUCGGUGAAAUGGAAGUUCGUGAGGCGAAUUUAAAAAAGUCUGAAUAUUUGUGCCGUAUAGGAGACAAAGCUGCGGCUGAGUUCGCCUUCCGCAAAACAUACGAAAAGACAGUAUCAUUAGGACAUCGUCUGGAUAUUGUAUUCCAUCUAAUUCGCUUGGGUCUUUUCUACUUGGAUCACGAUCUCAUAACCAGAAAUAUUGAGAAGGCCAAGUAUUUAAUUGAGGAAGGUGGAGACUGGGACAGACGUAAUCGCCUAAAAGUGUACCAGGGCGUCUAUUCUGUAGCGGUGAGAGAUUUCAAAGCUGCUGCCACAUUCUUUUUGGACACUGUAAGCACCUUCACCUCCUACGAAUUGAUGGACUACCCCACGUUCGUACGUUACACCGUAUAUGUGGCUAUGAUAGCCUUGCCACGAAAUGAGUUGCGUGACAAGGUCAUCAAAGGUGCCGAAAUUCAAGAAGUUCUUCAUGGCCUGCCUGAUGUUAAGCGCUACCUAUUUUCCCUGUACAAUUGUCAUUAUGCAGAUUUCUUCAAGUAUUUGGCUGAAGUAGAGGUAGUACUCCGCAAGGAUUACCUUGCACAUCCCCAUUACCGUUUCUACGUCCGCGAAAUGCGCAUAUUGGCCUACACUCAAUUACUGGAAUCCUAUCGUUCAUUGACACUUCAAUAUAUGGCUGAGGCUUUUGGUGUCAGUGUCGACUACAUUGACCAGGAGCUGUCACGUUUCAUUGCUGCCGGUCGGCUACAUGCCAAAGUGGAUCGUGUAGGAGGCAUUGUAGAAACAAAUCGUCCAGAUAGUAAAAAUUGGCAAUACCAGGCUACUAUUAAACAGGGCGAUCUCUUGCUGAAUCGCAUACAGAAGCUUAGCCGAGUUAUUAAUAUUUAAAAU